CAAGCCGUCAACUUAAAGACUACAGUGUACACGCGCUGACAGCCGUCAACAUCCUCCCUCCUAAAACGACCGCCUCCAACCCGGAAAGCAGUGUCAUUCUCUCUCAUACAGCCUUUCAAGGAGGUGCUCGUCUGCAAUUACAGUGAGAUAAGGUUAGAGCAGUCCCAAGGCCGUCCUCUUCAGCAGCCAUGCCACGCAUUGAAAAUGAUAUCAAGCUCGACUUCAAGGACGUGCUGCUUCGACCCAAAAGAAGCACUCUCAAAUCUCGCAGUGAGGUGGAUCUCAUGCGCAGUUUUACAUUCAGAAACUCAAAGGGCAGCUACAGUGGGAUUCCCAUCAUAGCUGCCAACAUGGACACCGUGGGGACUUUUGAAAUGGCCUUAGCCUUACAUCAGUUUAGUCUAUUUACAGCCAUCCAUAAGCAUUAUGAUGUGGAUGACUGGAAGGAGUUUGCAGCCAAGCACCCAGAAUGCUUACAGAGUUUAGCAGUCAGCACGGGGACGAGUGAUGGGGACUUUAAGAAACUGGGGGCCAUCGUGUCUGCUGUACCUCAGAUUCAGUACAUAUGUGUGGAUGUGGCCAAUGGCUACUCUGAACACUUUGUCAACUUCGUCAAAGACGUGAGGCAGAAGUUCCCCACGCACACUAUCAUGGCUGGCAAUGUGGUCACUGGAGAGAUGGUUGAGGAGCUGAUUCUUGCUGGUGCUGACAUCAUCAAAGUGGGCAUUGGACCAGGUUCUGUGUGCACCACUCGUAAGAAGACUGGUGUGGGUUAUCCUCAGCUGAGUGCAGUCAUUGAGUGUGCUGACGCUGCACACGGCCUGGGUGGACACAUCAUAUCUGAUGGGGGAUGCACCUGCCCAGGCGACGUCUCCAAAGCAUUUGGUGCGGGAGCUGACUUUGUAAUGCUGGGAGGAAUGCUUGCUGGCCAUUCUGAGAGUGGGGGCGAAAUCAUAGAGAAAAACGGCAAGAAGUACAAACUGUUCUAUGGCAUGAGCUCAGACACGGCCAUGAAGAAGCAUACAGGAGGCGUAGCAGAGUACAGGGCAUCAGAGGGUAAAACAGUUGAAAUGCCUUACAAAGGGCCUGUGGAGGUGACCGUGAAAGAUGUGCUGGGUGGAGUUCGUUCCAGCUGCACAUACGUCGGUGCUGGCAAGCUGAAAGAGCUGAGUCGUCGUACCACCUUCAUUAGGGUGACCCAACAACUCAACACAGUGUUUGGGAAUGAUAAUUAAGCAAGUAUUAUGGUC